CCAGGAUAUUAUGAUAUCAAGGCUUUGAGCAAGAGUCCCAUCCUUGGUUGCAGUGAGCCACUUGAUCGCCUCAAGCUGGCUCGUGCUGUCUGCAAGGCGUUCGGCCACUUCAUCGACGUUCAUUCUCUUGUUGACGUUCAUCCGAGCGCUUCUGGCCAGAUUUAUAGCGGGUCAGAGCGUUCGGUGCUCUGAUUCCCGCUACCGACUUGGUUCGCGGGGCCUUUGGCUAGAUCGACUUCGCUUGGUCUCCAUCACUCGAUGCAGUGACGGAAUAUGGAAUGUCGACGUGGAGCUUGAUGCUUGACUUGAUUUCCGUGGUGUACGCCCUUGUGACUUAUUUGCUAUCCCAUCCGUCGUGCUUCUUGCAUUCCGUUGCUGAGAUCUCCGACUUAUUUAUCAGUCCCAUAUUGUUCUCGUCGCAAAGCUAUCUACUUAAUUUACCUCGGUGCUACUCUACCAUACCGGUACUUUCUCCAGUGCUUUCCGUUGCUGUCUUAUGCAAAGUUGUGUUCUACCUCAGGAAUUGCCUUGUUUAUUCGCAGUGUGUAUCUGUUUUGACCAUAGCUCUUCUAUCAUGCAGGACGUUAUGGAGCCGCACGCGUGUCGCUAAGCUGGCGUCGGCCGUUGCUUUCGUACAUACUUUCAACAGGCCAGGAACAUGUUCAACAGUGGAGGGACUUGCAGAAAAUCGUGCUUGAUGUCUGUGGCCACAUAGAGCUGCUCUAGGCGCGCGGCUUCGUACUUCAUGAUCUCCCCCAGCAGGAGAGUCGUCUCCGCUGCCACCAAUAUUGGGCAUGGAAUAGAAGACCGUGGG